AGAGGUUUCUCAUGAAUCCUGGCUUUCGCUGCAGUCUCUCAAGUCUGUCCCGAGCACGUGGGUACACACUGCGCAUAACCAAGGCCCGGACAACAUCCAGUCGGAGGCAUGUCAUUCUCUUGGCAUUUUUCUUCAAUCUGUGCUGGAACUCUAGCAAGAAACUUUUUCGUUGGUCCCAUUAACAUUUGGCAUUCUGUAACACUGCCCUCGGAUCCCAUCUCAACUAUAUUCACUGCCCUCCUGACAGCUGCCGAAUCCAGCCGACCUCGCUUCCCUUUCAUCCUUGUUUUGGUGCAGCGUUCAAUGCAGGAAAAUGCAAUAGUUCUCGAUUACAAAAAUGGAAUAGAUGUCGUGUGUAUGCAAAGUGCUGGUGGUAUCGGUCGUGAACAAAGAAAAGAUAAAUAAAAGCCUGGAUGCCCUUUCCAUGUAUUGUGCCACCCCGUCGUUCCCCCAACCAGUCGUCAUAUUUAGCAUGAUGC